CCGCGCGAAUCGAAAAUUGUGUUAACACCACCAUUCCCCAGCCCGCAUCCAGCAGCGUGAUCACCGCUCAGCCGAAAGCUUCAACAAGCCUCUUGAAGCGGAGCGGUGGCAGAGAACAACGACAGGGGCAGGGGCAGGAGAGGCAGCAUUCGGAAGUGGUUUCUUCUUUUCUGUUGUACCAAGCAACAACAGCAGCAGCAGCAACACUACCAAUAAGCAAGGAACCGAUCGCAAACCACCACGAGGACUACGCGAACUUCGCGGAGCAGUUUGCGAAAAUUCCACCCAAAAUUGAAGUAUUUGCUAAAAACGUUUGGGAAACAGUUACAGCUUGUGUGUGCGGCAUGCGUCGCCCAUCACUGGGACAGAACGAAGACGACCUGAGUCGUCUUACCACGGUGAUAUCCCCAACGACAGCCAGCUUAUCUUCGGCGCAAACGGAACCCGACGGAGGUGAUCAUAGCGGUGGCUGUGGCGACAAGAGUAAUCACAAGAUCAACAAUCACCACCUUCAGCAACAGCACAACAAGAAUGGCAGUAGCAGCAGUAGCAGUAUCAACAGUUGUUUCAACAAUAACAGCAGUAACAUCAACAAUAACAACAACAGCUGCUCCAAGAACUGCAACAUUAGCAAUAGCAGUAGCAGCGGAUCGCUCGGCGAGGCCAAACUGCCUAAUGUAACUAAUUCAUCUGAGUGGCAGAAUUGCAGAAAACGCAAAGAACGGCAGGACAGCACGUCCUCCAUCAGCCAGGAUCGGAAACUGAUCCGGUCGAACAGCGAGGAACACCUUCCCAACUGCAAGGAGGUGAUCCGUCGCGUGUCCUCACAUGAGGACUUUAAGAAACCCUCGCCGCUGAUCGAAAUCAGCGUCGACAAGGAAAACAUUAUCGAGGAAUCUGCCGAGGAGCAGCAGCAGCUGGAAGAGCAGCAAAUUUUCGAGAAGAAUUUGAAAAACAGUUCGGAGAAUUUGAAGAAAUUUUUCAUCGGUAGUGAGAGUCUUUGUGCAGCCAGCAGGGAUUCCACUGAAGGGCAGAAUCAUCACAAGGUCGAUGAAGCCCGUCACCAUCAUCAUCAUCACUUGCACAGCAAUCAUCUAAGUCAUCACAAUAGGAAUCGUCUUUCUCCGAGCCGUGAUGUAUUGAAAAACCGCAAGGACUCCGACAGCGAGUUGGAUGAAGAACAUGCUCGGCGACGUCAUUGCGAGAGAUUCUCGAAAACCCGUCCGCCACCUGGUCGAAAGUCAGUUUCUCCACGAAACCGGACGAAAACGUUCAAAUAUUCCAGUGGCAAGGACAAAAGCGGAAGCGAGUAUUUCUACUCCAAACAUGACUCGCAUCACUCGGUCAAGCAUGAACGCCGUGGAUACGGCAAGAAAGAAAAGACACCAGAUCAAAAGGCAUCAGAAACGGAAAUAUGCUCCGACUACAAUGACAACACCGUCCUGGACAAGGGCAAAGAUGAAUCUCCCCGCGAGAAGCAGCUGCCCUGGGACCAAUCCUUCCAGGAUGAUACACCGGUCGUCUGUCAGCGUUUCGCAGAGCAUAAAUUUGAGCAUGCCACCAAGAUGGCAACGUUCGGAGAAAUUCGUAGUCUACCACCGAAUGCCACCCUAAAACACUACGGAGGCUAUCGCAGCUCGGAACUCCAUCCAACCAAUCAGAAACCGAUCCCUCAGGCGAACAACAUGUUCGAUGACCGCAUCAAAACCAUCAGCCGCAAACUCAGCAGUCUCAAGAAGAAGCUUUCGCAGUACGAGGAUCGGUUCGAGCGGGAAAACGGCUAUCGUCCAGCCCACGAGGAUAAGACUAGCGAUUGUUCCAUCAAGGCGGUCGUCGUUGAGAUUCACAAGCUGCGCAAGGAGAAGAACCAAAUCAAGGCGGAUCUGGCGGUGCAGAAUGCGAAAGCUGCCAAGGCCCAAGCGGCGGCCGAUUCUCAGGAAGGGGAAAGCAAGCUUUCCAAGAUGAAGGAUUCUAUCGCCGAUAUCGAAAAGCGACUUCAUGAGAAACGUGAAUGUGAAAACCGCAGCGAAAAUCUGGACAGCCUUUCCGGUGAUCAGCUGGUCGAGGAAAAAGCUUCUGUUCAGCGGGCUCUUCUCUAUCUGGAAUCGAUCUAUGGACGUCCCACCAGCCGGGAGGAGCGUGAUGCCGCUCGGCCACUCUACGACCGGUAUCGGCUCAUCAAACGCCUGGUUAACCGUGCCAAUUCGAUCAGCGGUCCAUGUGGGGCCAACUCCCAGAUGCCAACCAUUUUGGAACACGAAGCGCUAGCAAUUGUGGGCACUACCACCCCGUCUACAGACAUUUCACCGCCAUCAGCCACUUCGAUGGUUCAGUCGCCGACGGACACUUCUACCGCAUCCACGGCUGCCCAGUCAACCGAUGAAUCCGAAACCACCUCCAGUUCCAUCACGGAAAACAUCCACUCGAUGACGGUCGAAGAACUUUGGGAGCACUACGACGCAGCUCGGGAGGAGAAAAAGGUACUCCAACGAACCAUCAAGGAUUUUGAACAAAGGUUCGAAGAAACCACCGGGCGUAAAAUGCUAAAGUCGGAUCGCAAAUCCAUCGAAGAAACUUACGCCUUGUACAAACAGAAAAAGGCUAAACUUCGACUCAUUGAUGCUCUGUUCAAGAAGCAGAUGUCCGUAUAAAACCUUCUCAUUUCAUUCUUAUUCGCUAUGUUUUCCGAAACAUUGAAAUAUAAUCUUCCUUGAAUGUCUACCCACGGUCCUUCGAUCCCCCUAUUCCACAACUCCUUUAUUUAUUCCAUUAUCAUCAUUGUCAAACACCUCAAUACUCUAAUAAAUGUUGUGUUUUUCUUUGUUUUCUCCGAAACAAACGAAAUAUUGUGCUUACCUCGCGUCCUUACAUUUUGUGUGUAUAUUUUGAAAUCUAUGGACUUGUUUAUUUUUGAAUAAAAACGAAAAUAAGUUUAGGGAGACGUCGUGUCGACGAUAAGCAAAUGACAAAAAAAUCAAAUAUUGAAUCUUUACAAAAUAAGUGAAUUUAAUAAAAAAAAAAUACAAACUCGAGACGGUCUCAAGCUAUUUGGUAGAUCAGAAUCGAUUGAUAUACCUAUACAAUGUAUUUCAGGGCUUGUUUACUUGUCUUAUUUUUGAUUCGUCUAUCAUCUGUUGUUGAUCGAUCAUAUUUGGUAUCAUUAUUGGUUUGUGGAUCACUACGCAUUAUCAUUAGGGAGAUCGUCUCCAAGAAGAAGCUUGAAAGCUAUUUUAUGAAGAGAAGUGAUUUUUUCUGUCGAGGAAAUACAAAGUAGUACAGCUUAAAUAUAUACAAUUAAGCAACAAAGGAGCAAGUACACAUACAUACUUAUAAUGCAAGUUGAGACAAAAUUGCAAGCAAAGAUUAUUGAUGAAAACGAAUCGUUCAGCUUCGAGCUAAAAAGUGCAACAGUUUAUUCGAUAAUAUUUACAUUUCAAGUUGUGACUUAAGCAAAAUACAUGUAAUGUAUUAGAUAUUUUGAGUUGAGCGAAAACAAACGAGGAAAGUGCAAACUUAUUUUACGGCAAUCUAGGCAUUGAACAAACCUAUUUUUUGAGCCGUACUAUCGAUACAAACAGUUGUAAAACUGAACAUCAAUUAAACGCAAACCAUAACCGUACAUACAUUUUCGGUGUUUUCAAUAGACCCAAGCCGUAUAGUAUCAACUCCGAAAACUGUAGUUAAGAUAUUUAAAGAGCAACUAU